AUGGUGUAUAUAUCAAAUAUAAGCGGUAAUCAUCUGACUACUGGACGUCAACGACAAGUAAAACAUAUAUUAGAUACACAUGGUAUACGCUAUAUUGAAAUUGAUAUCAGUGAUCCGAAGCAGACGAAUGAAAAAGAAUUUUUACAAAAAAGUUUAUUUAAGAAAAAUUUGAAAUUAACAUUACCUCAAGUCUUUACCGAUGAUGAACUUUGUUAUGAUUAUGAUGAAUUAAUGGCUGCUGUUGAAUCAAAUCAAUUAAAACAAUUACUGAAAAUAUCGUCGGUAACAACUACAUCCGAUCAAAAACAAGAACAUUCAUUGAUGUCGUCAGCUUAA